CUCUUGCAAAACGCUUCACGUUUGGUUUCAGUUUACUGGAAAAAUAUGGUCUUGACCGCUCGGUGGACCAAUACAGACCUGCGUUGGAUGGUUUCUGGAUCCCGCGGGAGAUUUGAGGGUCCGCUUUGAAGAUAACCUAACAAAGUCAUUGUUGGUUUAAUGUUUGUCCUAAUUGUUCUUGUCUGAGGCCAGUGGGAAAGAGGUACUGCCAAUCUCUGCUAGACACAAAAAAAAAACAAAGCGCGUGGCACGAGCCAAUAGAAGUGGCAAAAAAAUUGCUACCACACCAUGUCGGUGUGUGAUAAGAAACUUUUUUCAUAUUUUUUCUUUUUCAGUUUUUUAUUUUGUAUUUUUCAUCUACUUCUAUUUCCUAUUAUCUAAAUCACCACUUAAAUUAAAGCCUCAUAACUCAACUGCAUAAUUUCAAAUAUGAAAUUGCUUACCACACAUACCAUGUGGUGCUAACCAUGUCCUGCGCAACGCUUAUAAAUAAAUCUAACUCGUCUUAAACAACCAAUGUGGUACUAAAAACAAGACAUGAAGUAAUAUAUAGUGUGCAUCAUUUUCUUGGGCCAGUGCAACUUGCAUUCAGCCCAUGACCUCCAGCUGGCAGACCAAGCCUCUAUAUUGGGCUACGUGGUGAAGGUCAUGAAAGUCCUAAUUGAACUGUUUGCUGAUUGCUAUGGAAAGGUCCACGUCCCCUCCUAAAUGUUCUUGCACCCGUAGGAUGCAACAUGGCACGGUGUCUGGAUGCACUUGAAGGCCCCAUUCAUCCAAGUGAUCACAGAGAUUUGGUUUACUUAGUGUCUUCCCGUCCGCGUCAGCCGGCUCCUCCUUCAAGUCUGCCACCGCGUCAGCAGACUCCUGCUCUUUCAAGUUCGUCACCGCAUCAGCAGAAUCCUGCUCCUCCAAGUCCGGCACCGCAUCAGCAAGCUCCUGCUCCUCCAAGUUCGCCACCACGUCAGCAGACUCUCGCUCCUUCAAGUUCGCCACCGCGUCAGCAGACUCCUGCUCCUCCAAGUCAGGCACCGCGUCAGCCAUCUCCGCCGCCUAAGCAACAGGGGAAGAGAGGCGUCACAGCUACGACGGCUAGCGGUACAACAGGAGGCAAGAGAUACAAAGUUGGUCCAAGCCUCAAGCCUGUUCCGAGGUUGCCUUACCACUUGACUGAAGAGGAAAACAAAGCCGAAGUCGCUGCCCAAGUGCAGGCCCAUUUUGGACCGAAAUCGCCCCCGCCGCCAGAGGAGAAAGUACCUGAGCAUGUCAUGCAGCACAAUAUUGAUAUGGUUCAACCACUAGCUGCCAAGCAUAGGGACUCAGACUAUGAGCGCCAAAUCAAGAAAGUCAUAUCAAGCACAAAAAAAGAAGGACUCGAGCUCGAGCUCGAGCCAAGAAGCUGCCAAAAAAGUGGGAAAAAUGUUCCCCAGCUGGGAGAACAGGCGGUGUAAUCGAUCCCCCCGCUCAUUGUACCAACACAUGUGAGUAACGAUGCCGAUCAGCUGGUAAUAACCGA